UCAGCAACGAGCGCUUGUCCCCGGUGACCUGCCUCUACAGUUCCGUCGUUCCAGAAUUGACACACGAGCUAGACUGCCUCAGAACGAGUCGACCAAAGCUUGUUCUCGCCUUGUCGUUAAAACGGAUCUAGUCGUGCCCAUGGGGAACCCGGGAAUUGCAAAACUACAUCGUCUCGCACAUUAUGUCUUAAAGGCCAAGGGAAGUUUCUAUAUUGGGACAUGUCAGAAAGGAGUGAACACGAGCAGUGGCAGCUUUCCCAAGUCCCACUCCUCCCAGUUCUCUGAGUUCAGCGUCACACAGACACCUCUCUCCGUGGACCAGAGUCCCGACUCAGGAAUCGUAACAACCCCUCUUCCAUCCAGUAGGUUCAGAUUUGUGUCGUGGCACCGCCUCCAAGAGAGUGAUGUCACCGGAGACCAGCUCACCAGCCCCAGGGUCAGAGAAGGGCCUUCAGAGGAGGAGCUGUUCCUAAGAGAGGGUUUUGACGAUGUCCCAUUGGAGAGAGGGAGGCAUAGAAGAAGAGAGGAAGAGCAUAGAUGGGCGGAGAGACUACAGGAGAACUGGGAGAACUGCUUAGACCUGAACCUGUCCUACCAGGACCUGGGAGACCCCUACCAGCAGGAGAACUUCCUAAGGAUCCUGCACCGGCUGAUCCGCGUGGAGGAACUACAGCUGGUCAACAAUGCCCUCACUGACCUGAGUUCUAUACGACUGCCAAGAUGCAGAAGGCUGAACCUGCACAGGAACCAUCUGACAAGUGUGCGGCAGCUGCCAAAGCUUCCAGCCGUGGAGCACCUGUGUCUGUCGGAGAAUGCCAUCGCCACGUUGGGAGGACUGGGGGCGUUGGGGGCCACACCACUCCGGUCCCUCACCCUUACACGCAACCCAGUCACCUUCGCACCAGACUACCGCACAUGUGUUUUCUCCUCCUUGCCAAAACUCCAAGUUCUGGAUGGAAUCCCAAAGCUGCCAGAGGACUCUAUGACUCCCAGACUCCAACUUCCAGAAAACACCAGGAUGUGUAACAUUUUGUAACAGACCCUAGCCCAUCAGAAGCAGUCCUGAACACAAGGGUUGCUGUUUUACCUACCAAGUUAAAAACUAAGGGCAGACAAUAUUUUAAUAAAACAUUUACAGUAAACUACCUCAUGGAAAAUA